CCUCAGACCUCAAUUCUCUCACAAGCUUUCACAAUUUGAUGCUCAUAUAGCCUCAUUGACGCCUAAUCGCGCCGACCGGGUGCAGCAUAGCCGUUGGCGGAAAUAUCAAAUUUACCCAGGAUUGAAGGGAGGAUUUGUACGUCUUAUCCUCCUCUACCUCUCCUCCGCUCAUGUUUCCCGCCUUGGCUUCGCGAUGUCGUCGAGCUGCCAACCGUCACAUACGUCCGCAAAGCGAUAGCAUCUGGAUCCCGGAGGCCCUCCUCGCCGCCGCAUUCGAUCGCUACUGUACGAAGUCAAGGGAAAUCGCUCGUUAUGGCUCCUCCGUUCCCGGCCCGAUGGAGAAUCGAAGACGUAUGGGAAAAAGACACAUGGUAGAAUUGAACCCAGGUCACUUGCGCUCUGCUUCGCCGCUAUGGGGGCUCGAAAAUUUGGCGGACCUGACACAAUGGCGUUGGGAACCGCCAUCACCACCUCGUACGCGACUUCGACAGCACCGAGACGAGAGCGCACAGGAAUGGACUUUGGCACGAUCUAUGUUGAACUGGUUUGCGAACAAAUCGUCACCAAAAAUUACCUGGGAUGCUCAGACUCCACUGAUACAAGUCAUCGAUAUCGGGCUAAGUCUCCUCUUUCGGGAUUUAGAAUCUGAGGCAACAACGGCGGAAAGACCAAACUUUACGGAGUUCUGCCGUAGUUGGAAAGAUUUCCUUGCCGAUAGCUUCUACUCUGGUGAUGUUGUCUGCGCUGUCUUAGAUGGCAUCCAACAGGGGAUUGAUACAUCACGAGCAAGCACCGGACAACCUUUGGAAUGGGCCGUCGACCGAAUUAAGCUAGAUCUACUCCAUGCGACUAUUGCAGGUCUUUCUAGCAACCAAGUACAAGAGCAUACCGCUCUAGACGGCUUGUUUUGGUGCGACUUAUUACAAAGAAUUUCAGAGUUGAGGAUUAAUAGCGUACGCCUUUUCGUAAAAGCUAUGGAUUGUAUACCGGAAGAUUACUUAAACGACGUAUCAACAGGUGUGCUAGCAAAUUUACGUGUCUUCUUCCUUGCCUCGGCCUAUAGCAAGAGUCGUUCGAAUAUAAUCCGGCAAACUAAUAAGAUCGCCGAACCUUUGAGGAGACUUGACCUGGCCAACCAUCUCCAUAUGUUAGAAAGCGGUACCCAGUAUGUGUUGAUGCAUAGAAAAUCGACAGACGUAUAUUUCCCUCGCAUGCGUCUGGGAUGGCUACAACUCUUAGCCCGGUUACCAAGCGUAGACGACCGUUACCUUGUACGGACGAUGUGUACUCUUGAAGCCGGCAAAGACACGAAACCUCUUUCGAGCAGAGAGAUUUGCGAAAUGUAUUUGGCUAGGUGGUGUCGUUCUUCGCUUAAGGAUCACGCAAAGCUGUACCUUACAUUGCAACAAAAUAAAAAUGACUUGAAGUGCUACGGUUACUUUGGCAUGGCACUGUGGGAAACAGGCCAAUUUGGUCUUGCGAAAGGCCUUUGCGAGUUCCUCAGUCAACUCGGCCGAGAGCAAGAUAUUAUGAACUUCGCGAAAGGAAUGCGAAUCUUUAUCAAGAGCCCGGCGAGACCCCUAGCUAAUAUUGCUAUUGGGAUGGGCAAUCCAGCCCUAGCCAUAGAAAUCUUAUGUCUCUAUAGAGAAAGCAAAUUGGAAGGGAAAAGAAAGGCCGACGCUACAAAUUUCUGGGACACUAACGUAUCUACCGAGACCUUGAAAGCUCUGAUAGGAAGUCACUCAUCCUGGCAUCACAGAGUUCUAAGUGCUGUGCGGGUAAAGCGGCUCCUGGAAGAACAAAGGCGAAGGGAAAGACGCAUUAAGUUCAUUAGCAGGCGUAAGUUCCUGAAAGAAGCCAAGGCAGUAACGAAAACAGCAAUGGCAUUUAAUAUCUCACAGAGCAUCUCGCCUAGGCAAUCUUUUACUUUUAUUUCAAAGUGUAUCACCUACUUCCAAAGUAGGGGGACAAUACCGCCGAUAGCCUUGCGGGCACUACUCCACAAUAUCACAAGGGACCUUGCAGAAGGGAAUCCGGGUAGGAUUACCCGGUUGCGGUGGUUUCUGUCGUUAGUAUAUAAGCAUCUCGGCCACGCUAAGAUGAUGGAGAUUGGAUUGGCUCUGAAGCAGUGGAGAGGAUAUAACGCCCGGAAUCGCGGUAAAAAUAUCGGAUGGUAACAAUAUCGGAUGAGGCGCCGGCCGAAGCUAGGGUGGCUCAUAAAAAAGUAAUAAAAAAAAACUAAAAAACUAAACGAUAUCCAAAUAUGAUAUACUGAAUCAUGGCUUUUGGAUAUUAUGUGCGUGGUGUAUUGAUACACGCCGGGGUAUGUGAUCAGCAUAUAUAUGUAUGGUCAGUGUAUACCAAUAUACCAAUAUUCCAAUAUACCAAUAUACCAACCUACCUACCU